AUGAAGCUCGUCAGAUUUCUCAUGAAAUGUACCAAUGAAACGGUCACGGUCGAACUCAAGAACGGGACCAUCGUGCACGGCACCAUCACCGCAGUGUCACCGCAGAUGAACACGGCGUUGCGUGCGGUCAAGAUGACCACGAAGAACCGCUCCAACCCCUCCGCUCCAGGCGACACCAUCUCCCUUGACACGAUCAACAUCCGCGGCUCAACCAUCAGAUUUUUCAUCCUCCCGGACUCAUUACCUCUCGAUACCCUAUUGAUUGACGACCAACCCAAGCCGAAGAACAAGGCCAGGAAAGAAGGCGAUAGCACUCGCGCCAGAGGAGGGAGAGGCGCUCCCAGAGGUGGUCGUGGUGGCCCCCGAGGACGCGGUCGAGGUAGAGGGAGAGGAUUUUAG